AUGUCUCGCUCGAUGCUAUCGUCUGCUACCCGCCAGCUAUGGCGGCAGCGCUCCCCUCGCACAGGGGUCCCAGCCUUCCCAUUCUCAAAACCCCGAUCGAGCAUCUCCGCAUCGUUCAGUGGUUCUACCCCCCGCCGGUCGAUAUCUUACGCCAUCUGCGAGUUGAAGACACACCAGACCUCUUCCCCACGGAGAAUCCCCCCCGCAAUCGUGCGUCUCCAACAGUGUUGCGCCUUUUCGUCCACCUCCAUCAGACCCGCCACCAAGGUCUUACAGAACCCGAGAACCGGCGAAGAUGGCAACCCACUAACGAUUGAAAUCUCGCCCCGCGCUGCAGAACGUCUCCGCGAAGUCACCGAUCCCACAUCGUCUCCAUCUGUCCUUAAGGAUGAGAACCCAUACCACCAUCUCCGUAUCACUGUUACCAGUGGAGGCUGCCACGGAUUCCAGUACAUGAUGUCCCUGGAGGCUGCUUCGAAGAUCGACCUGGAAGAAGACACCGUUUUCGAAGCAGAAUACUCCCCUGAGGAAGCAUCGGCUGAGGCCGCCGGCCAGGCCAAGGUGGUCAUGGACGAGCCCUCUUUGGAGCUCCUGUACGGAAGUACAGUGGACUACACUAUGGAGUUGAUCGGCAGUCAGUUUAAGAUUGUUGAUAAUCCCCGGGCGACGAGUAACUGUGGCUGUGGAACUAGCUUUGAUGUGACUGAUUAA